AUGAAUAGACAAGAAUAAUAUUGUCAGUUUCUACAAAAAAUCUUGCUGAGGUUUUGACCAAAGUUUCGUUAAACCUGCACAUCAGUUUCAGGAGAAUAGACAUCUUUACUAUGUUGAGUCUUCCAAUCCAUGAACAUGCAGUGAGAACGGGCUGUGCAGAGGCCGCCCACACCUGGAAGGGGUCAAAGUGAGCCCUCGGUCGCCAUGUUCACUGGGACUCCCAGGAUGGCAAGCCUGGCAGCAGUUCCUGUUUCCUUCGGUGUCAUUGGAAAUGCUACUGUUUGGAUGUAGGUUGUUGGGAUGCCAAUAUAUCUAGAAAGGCUUCCUUGUUCUCCCUCCUGAAAUUCUGCACACACGACUGUUUUUAGCAACAGUGAUGUAAUCUCUAUUUUUGGUGGCAGUUUUGAGCACCCUGUCCGUUGGAACUUUUUGUGUUGUAAACAGACAGGAGAUCCAGCCCAAAUGGAGGUAAGUAAUAAGGACCGUGCACUCACCUCGGUGGAGAGGCCACGGGUUCGGAGACCUUCAGGAGAAGUUUGAUCCAGCCGCUCAGUGAUGCAGCAGGGACCGAGAGCCCUUGGGUGCCCUGCUCCCUCCACAUUCCCAGGGGCUCCUCAUGCUGCUCUGGCAGCUCUGCAGAAGGCCUCCCUGAAGAAAGGCAGCUGGUCCCAGCUAGAGUCCCAGGGUUCAUGCUGGCUGAGCCCCCUUCUUGUUUCUUCCCCAACCCAGAGCUAUUCUCACCUCCCCUGAAGGCCUUCCCAGGUGAUGGGGGCCAUGGAGACUGCAUUGGACAGCUCUGUGCACUGUCCAUGAAGCACUUGCUGCAGGACUCCCUUAGAAACGUGAGGCUUUAAACACCAUGGGACCCCAGGAGGAGGCAUGUGUCCAGCUAGCAGUGCCCCUCUGUGGUGUGGAGAACGUUCUACUCAGACGUUCCUGAGUGGGAACUUGGCAGCACAACUGGGCAACCUGUUGCUUCCAGCCCCGCGGGCCUGUAGACCCCCCACCAGAGAUGGGCCCUCCUGCCAGGCUUCCUACCUUGUGCAACUUAGCCUCCUGCUGCACCCCAUCCACCAGCUCUGCCAGCACGAGAGGUCAUCCCACACGCUCCUGCUUCCAGGCCACCAGCUGUCCCCCAUGGCCCCCAUCUCCCCUGUACCCUCUGGACUUUGCAGAGGCCCCUCUGCUCUCCUUGGGGUUACAGAGCUCUGCAUCUGUCUCCUCCCCUCCCCUGCAGCUGCUCCCAAUCCUGCACCCCACACAGAGCCUGGGGCUCCACACUCCUUCACUACUGACCACACCUGCCAGGUGCUGCCUGCAUCUCAACUCAGGCCACCUGCUCCCACCCUCCAUGUUGGGUUCAUGCAGCGAUUCUCCCAGGCCACUCUGUGCCUCCCUCUGCUCCAGCGUCCUGCUGCCUAGGCGGCCAUGCCACUGCAGCCCUUGCUCCAGAGUACCUGCCUGGAAACCUUGCCCCGGCUCCCCAAAUGCACCUCCCUUCCCACAGGACAUCCAUCCAAGGCCACAUCCAAACCUCCAAAUGCCUCCUGAACACUUCACCUAGAGGCCUCACCUGCCUGGUGGCUCACGGAGGCUGGUGCCAUCGCCUCCCCCCGCCACAGCCAGACUGGUCUGCUCCCCCUCCUCUUCACGUCCCCUCUUGGUGAUCACCUGCUCCCCCAUUUCCCACCUCAAGCAGUCUCACCCUCCUCUGUGCCCCGCCCCUGGCUCCUACCUACGCAAGGUGGCAGCCUCUGGCCACCCUGCACGCCCAGCCAUGCAGAGCCUGGGAAACGACAGGACAUGUGGCUGUCCUUUCACGGCCCCUGUCACCUCCCCCAAGUCCAGCCAGGGCUGAGACGCCCCACACUGUGGCCCCCGGCAUAAGGCCUUGAUCCUUCCUGAGGGCAGGAUGGGGGCAGUUUUGUUCUGUGAAGUUCCUUGGCCUUGAGCUUAGCUGGACCCCGCUCCUGGAAAGCCCGAGAAACAGACGUUCCUCUGUGAAAGCCCCUUCUGAGCACCUGCAAGGAGCACUCUGCCAUCCCACUCCUGGUUCAGGCUUUCAUCCGCUUGGAGGGCCUUGUCUUCUGUGAGUCCCCGCCUCAGCCUCACCUGGCUCCUAGGAGGCUCUGGGAAGGUUAGCUGGGCUGUUCCCCAAACAAGGGGCCACAGGAAGGUGGGGGCUCCUGAGGGUCUGGGAGGCAGGGGAGACUAUGUGUGCCCUUUCUCUUCCCCACCUGAAACCUGACUUUCCCUCACUGGAGACCUGAGGAUGGAGUGCAGUGGCUUAGCUAAGCUUCUGUUAACAGCAUGCUCACUGUUUUGAAACAGAAAUGAAAGAACAUUUGGGAGUUGGGGUAUGUGCAGAGAAAACAUUUUCCUUGAAUGUCUUUACUGAAUGGGUGGGAAUAGGUAUGUGUGAAGGGGAAAAGUUCAGGGUACAGUGGUCAGGUCCUUGGGAGAUGUCGGGGAGGGCCAUCUGGCCCAGCUCCUGAGGAGGGUGGGCCCAGGCUCAUCCUAUACGCACUAGUCCUGACGCCUCACAAUUAAUCAAAUGGCUAAAAACAAACACAAAAGAAGCCCUCAGCAUUGUGUUACCAGGGCAGCGGUGUGAUGUCAUCUGUUCAUUCCAAGCUGUCACCCCGAAGCUGAGUGAAGUACGUGGUGAGGACAGGCAGAUUGUGCCUUACGUGCAUAGUGCAAAUAAGGUUUGUGUAGAGUAUUUUGCUCAUUGACUGUGGAAUUCAUUGAUUAUUUUAUUCACUGCACGUUCAGCUCCUCAAAGCGUCUUCUGUGUACCUGGGAGGAGCAUGGUGCCAUUUCCCUUCCUCCUUCAGACUUUCUUCUACAUGGAAGGCCCCGUCCUCCACAGGUCCCAGCCUCAGCUGACACUCGGGUCCCAGGAGGCUCUGCGAAGGUUUGCUGGGCCGUUCCCCCGCACGCCGGGCUACAACAAAGGAACACAGCAUGACACGUGCUGUGAACCUCAGCUGUGAGACAACCGAAGGAGAGACAACAUUCAGCAAAAACAGAACCCAAACCGUCCCCAUUUCUCUCAGCCCCAAUUGCUCCAUGGCUUGGAGUGCAGCAAAUGUUUCAGCCGCGCUCAAAGGGAAGGCUUUGCUCUGGAGUCAGCAUGGAGAGCUCGCCUCGACUCCCCUCCAUGCCGCUCCUCACCAGCACUGGCUGGGUUUGAAUCUCAGCUCCCUGGCUCCUCACUGUAAGCCCUGGAAUGCAAACCCCAAGGGCCAAACACCCCGAGGCUCUCAGGUCCCAGGCGCGGACACCUUCCUGGCCUUGGCUGUCACGGCCCAGAUGGAAGCAAAGACAACUCCCCUCUCCACAGGUCGGCUGGUCCUCCUGCCCCGAGAGCAGGAGCCCAGGCACAGGCUCUGUACAGAGUUCUCCAUCUACUUCUCCCAGGGUGGCUACGCAAAGGCCGUCUGCCUCUCGCUCUCUGGGUCCCACCUGCAGCCUGUCCCAGUGGAUUCUGUAGGCUCCACAGUGAUGCUGGGAAAAGACCCAAACACCCGGACAAAGCACGUGGACAGCGGCCAAUGCCAAAAUGGCAGGAAGCAAGGGAAAGGCAGCUGGCUCCGACCCUUUGCCAACCGUGUGCAACGCUGCAGGCACCUAGAGCCAGCGAGGAGCUACCAAGCUGGUUCCCAUCUAUGCUUGCAGCGGCUGCUGUCGCAGAGGCAGGACAGGGGUGCAUGGCUAUGCCAAGUAUCCUUCUGGGAUGAGCCGAUUCUCUUGUCCCAGGUCGGGCAUGAUGGAGAGGCCAGAAGGUGUGUUUGAAUGGCAGGCAUUGGGGGUUUGCAAAGGGCUGUGAUUUCCUGGGCCUCCCGUCUUAGGCAGGCUCUGGGUUCUCCUUGGUUCUUCCCUUGGAGCAGGGACCUGGCUUUGGAUGGCCAUGGAUCUUUCCUGGUUUCUGCUGUUAUCUUGCUGUGUGACCGAGGUCAAGUCCACACUCCCUUCCCAAGCUUGUUUUCUCUGCAGUAAAAUUGCCAUUUGGAACUGAACCCUUCAAGGGGAGGCGGCUGAAACAGUGGGGGUGAUGCUGGGUGCUAAGCCCUACCCCUUCUCCUAAAUACCUACUUCUCUCCUUUUUUUUCCUUUUUUACCUAUUAAUGGGUUAGACAGCCAAAAACCCUCUCUGAAAGAGUGUCCUGGCCCAAGUCCGCCUGGGGCACUGUUGUGAGCCUCAAUUUCUAUGGAUCUAUGCCCGGAAAGCUUUUAGCAUAAAAUGUUUUAGGUAGAAGACCGGGACCACGGAACAGGGUCAGGACCCCAAAACAGGACCGAGACCAUGAAACAGGAAGCAAGCUACAUCCAGCACCCAGUUCAGAGAGAGGGCUGGGGACGCCGACACUCCACCUCCUUCCCAGCACCCAGUUCAGAGAGAGGGCUG